UUAUUAGACUAACAAGUCGGAUCAGCAUUUUUGUUCUCCCGCGGUUGACUGUUGGGUCUGCAAAAAUGGGGAACUCGUCGACGGACGACUCCGCGACCAAUGGCCACGCGCCGCCGUUAAAUUCCAGCGUCUACUCGGAGGGACAUAUGAUCCUUGCGUACGACGCCAAGGACACUGUCUCCUUGGAAAAUCUUGUCAUGAGUCAAAUUCCCUCAAUACUAAGGAAGCAAGUUGUUGAUGAUCCGGAAUUUGUUUAUCAGCAGGAUAAGGACCCUUUAGGAAUGGAUACUGGAAGUAGUAGUCAAGUCAAUGAGAGUAAUAGAAAAGGGAGUAGACGUGUAUGGACUAAAGAGGAGGAGGAUGCACUUUUAGACAUCCUAGAGGAGCUGGUUGCAAAGGGCCAUCGUGCUAAUCGUACUUUCAGAGCUGGUACAUUGAUUGUAAUAGAAAAUUCCUUGAGAGUUUUGUGUCCAGGAUCGGGACUGAAAGCUAACCCACACAUCGAGUCAAAAAUUAAAAAGUUGAAGAAGCAAUUCAGUAUAGUAUAUGACAUGGUCAACAAAACCAGAUUUGGGUGGAAUGAUGUGAGGAAAUGUGUGAAGGUUGACAGUGAAGAGACAUGGAAAGCAUAUCUUCAGCAUCACAAGGAAGCAUAUGGGUGGAGGGGCAAACAUUUUCCACUCUAUGAUAGACUUGUUAGAAUAUUUAAGGUGGACCACGCAAAUGUAAAAACAUCCCAAACUCCAGCUGAGAAAAUUGAAGAGAUAAGCUGUGAUGAGGUUAAUGCAACUGAAUUUGGGAUAGAGGAAGACACUUGUCCAAGAUCAGUUGACCAAAACUCAACCACCAAGCAAACGGAUCAAUUGCAUUCCCCACUAGAAAAGAGGAAAAGGCAAGAUGAUACUGGAGGUAGUAGUGAAAUCCAUGAGACAAAUAGAAAAGGCAGCAGACGUGUAUGGACCAAAGAGGAGGAGGAUGCACUUUUAGGGAUCCUAGAGGAUCUAGUUGCAAAGGGUUAUCGUGAAAAUGGUACUUUCAAAUCUGGUACAUUGACUCUAAUAGAAAAAGCUUUAUGCAAUUUAUGUCCAGCAUCAGAACUGAAAGCUAACCCACAUGUUGAGUCAAAAAUGAAAAAAUUGAAGAAGCAAUACCGUAUAAUAUAUGACAUGAUCAACAGAAGUGGGUUUGGGUGGAAUGAUUUGAAGAAAUGUUUGGAGGUUGACAGUGAAGAGUCAUGGAAAUCUUAUGUGCAGGAUCACAAAGAGGCAGAUGGGUGGAGGGACAAAUAUUUUCCACUUUAUGAUAGACUUGUUGAUAUAUUUGGAGUUGGCACUGCAACUGUAAAACCAUACCAAACUCCGGUUGAAAGAGUUGAGGUGAUGAACUAUAAUGAGGAGAUUAACUGUGAUGACGAUAUUAACUGUGAUGACGAUAUUAACUGUGAAGCGGAGAUUAACUGUGAUGAAGAUAUUAACUGUGAUGAGGAAUCAACUGACGUUGGAACAGAGGAAGACGCUUAUUCAAGGCCUGUUGACCAAAUCUCAACAAACAAACAAACAGAUCAGUCUUAUUCCUCACCACGAAAUCGAAGACAACAUGGAGGUUUAAGUGUUGCGUUAGACGAAGUUCCUGUAUCAUUCGUGGAAAUGAUAAAAGCUUCAAAUGAGCAAACGCGAGUCCUACGUGAAUCACUGCAACCCAAAGGUAACGAAGCAGGUGAGCUGUACCGUGAGGUUAAACCUAUGGGGCUUUCUGUUACGGAUCGAGUUAAAGCAUUAAGACUGCUUGUGGCUAAUCCUUUUUAUGCUAAACUCUUCCUUACCUUAGAUAAUGAAGAGAAAUUGGAAUUUGUUAAGCAACUCAUUGAUGAAUCAUCUAAGAAAUGAAUUGUAUAUUGUGGAAUUGUAUUUGAACAAGUAAAUUUGCUGAAUGAUUUUUAACUCAUCUUGCACUGAUUAUGGAUGUAUUUUCUGACGGAUGUUGCUGAUUUAUGCACCAGCAAUGCAAUGUUUACGUCAUUAGCAAAUGUUUGCUGAAUUUCUUUUAAAGUCAACAAAUUUCAUCGUAAGUUCAAGGUUAGUCAGUAUUCUCGGUAUUGGGGGAUCCUAGGGUCGAGUCAUCUGCCAUGUUUUUCAUUUUCUUAUUCUUACGGUCAGACCCUUGUAUUACUAAUACACUCAUAUUAUAACAUGUGUAUUUAUUUAGUAAUGUUAUACCUUGUAUUCAUGGCAUAUCAUUCACGUUGUCUAUCCAUAUAACACAUGGAUUAAUAACACCAUGUGAUAGUAUGAUAGUAACACCCAAUUAUCUUUCCACAAAAACAAACUCUUUGUAGUUAAAAAUCUGUAAGAUCUAUUAAUUUUCUUUUAUUUUUCUUAAUUGGUUUUGUUUUCCUCCUCGUUUUAAAGAUUUUAUGUCUUAAUAUGUUGUACUAGAUCCUCAUAGGCAAAUUGUCAUUCCAUGAGAUGUACACUCAUGCAACAAAUUGUAACUCACUAACCAAGAGGUCCUAAGUUGAAUUUCCUCUCAUCUGUUGAUUAAAGG